UGCAGCGUUGCAUGAACUCAAUUUAGUCGCGUGCGAAACAGCAAGUUUACACAAGUUCAACCGAAAAACCAAAAAACCACCGAAAAGCCUUACGGAAAUAGUUAGGAAACGGGCAACAACAACAACAACCACAAAAACACAGUAACAACUUGAACUCCAAAAUUACCCAAAAAACGCAGUCGAAAUUGUUAAUUGAACAUUUAUUUAUUAACUUUGGCAAAACGGUGUCAAGCGCGGCCUAGAAAAAGAAAUAAAAUAAAAACCCAACGACGAACGCCCAAAACAAAUUCCAAGCACGUUGCAGACAAAAUUACGCAAACGGCGAUAUAAAACACACCAGCAACUGCAGCAACUACAACAGCAACAUCAACAGCUGACGUUCAAUGAACGUUUCAGUUUCAGGUUACCCAGAUGCAGAUCUUGGCUAAUCCAUCCCAUCCGAUGUAAAGUGCAGCUCCGCCAGAGAGCUUUUCCCCCAUACUGAACUUGAAAGUGAAAGUGAAAGAGAGCGGAGAAAUUAAGGAAAAGAGCGUGCCGACAGAGAAAAGCAAAAAAAGAAAGAAAGAAGGAAAGACCAUUACUUGAGCAGCUUUUUGCUUUUGCUGGAGUGCCGACAAACAUCUCAGAGCAUCAGCCAAGGUCGUCUGAAUGAGCAUGAAUAAUCCCAAGGAUCUGGUGGAGCAGGUGUACGAGGUGAAGGCUCCUCAUGCCGGAGCAGACGGUCACACCUUCCUCGUGAGUCCUGUGGAUCCCACUCCCAUCCUAGCACCCAUUCUCACCGCUGUGCCUGUGAUGAAGGCCAUGGAAUCACCUCUACCCAUGGAGACACCCAAGGAAGAGCUGGAUGACGAUCAGCCCAGCUGCAGUUCCCAGGCUGUGGUGCCCCUGUCCUCGUCCCUGCCGUGCAAGUUGCUCCGCAUGCAUGCCAGGCGAUCUGCCCAGGCUCUGCUCCACCAAAUGGAAUCCCUGGACUCUCAGCUGGGCAGCAGCAAUGGCAGCACCUCGGAGGAUACCUCGCCCAGUGCUCCACCCAUGUCGCCAUCGGAUCAUCAGCUUGUGGAUGUGGGAAUGGGCUCAUCCAUCGGAGAUUCCGAGGAAUCUUCGGAGGAGGGUGACGAACUGAAACCCCUGGCUGUGGACAAUCACAUUAUGCACGAGGUGGACUUAAAUGAGCGGCAGACUUCGCCCCCUGCAGUUUUAAGUGAGGCAAACCUAGAGAAGUUCCGCAAGCACCAGAUGGACAACAUCUAUCUGCAUCCCAACUUCACCUUGGAUGCUUCUCCGCCACCAGCUGUGGCUCCAGCUAAUUCACCUGUUCUGGACGCAAAGAGAAAUCAUCGUUCUUUCCUUUCGAUGAAGAAGGAAAAAGAGUUGGAGCAGCCGCAGGAAAAGGAACAGGAAGUGCAACAUAUCCAGGAGCAGGACUUGGAGUCCCAAGGACCCAAUGAGAUAGAUUCCCUGGAUCCCUCCCUGAUUCCCAGCGAGGAACUGGCUGCUGAAAUCACCGACGCCGUGGAGUUCUACUUCUCCAACGAGAGUAUCCUGAAGGAUGCUUUCCUGCUGAAACAUGUGCGGCGCAACAAGGAGGGUUUUGUCAGCCUAAAGUUGGUGUCCAGUUUCAAGAGGGUUCGCCAGUUGACCAGGGAGUGGAAGGUGGUCGGCGAUGCAGUGCGUCGUAAGUCCCGCAAGAUCGAGCUGAAUGCUGAGGGCACCAAGGUGCGGAGAAUCGAGCCUCUGCCAAGUUUCGAUGAGACCAUGCCCUCCAGAACUAUCGUGGCCUGUGACCUUCCCAUGGACAAACUUACGAUUGAAAAGGUAUCGGAUCUGUUCUCCCGUUGCGGUGAGAUUGCCCUGAUACGCAUCCUCAAGCCAGGAAUGGCCAUACCCGUAGAUGUGCGCCAGUUCAUGAACAAGUACCCAGAACUGCAGCAAAAAGAGUGUGCCCUAGUGGAGUACCUGGAAUCUUCGUCCGCCAGGGAUGCCCGUCACCUGAGUGGUCCCUUCCAGGUGUACGAGAUGGUGGCUCCCAAGAAGAAGACCGGCAAAAAGGCAGCCGUCAUCCAGAUCGCCGCUCCAGUGGCACGAAUGGUGGAGAACUAUCGCUACUACAACGAUACCAAUUACGAGCGGAGUCGUGGAGGCAGCUUUUCGGGCCACGAAACUGUCCCGGAUCUGCGCUUCAAACUCAAGCGAAACAACUCGGAUUUCCAGCCGAGUUACUACCAACAAAUGGCACCCAAUUACCAUGCCAAUCCGUAUCAGCAUUACCAGCCACGCGGCAGCAUUGGCAACCAGAACCAGGAGAUGGGUCCCUCCGGUUUUUUCGGCUAUGGUCCCAGGCGAUACAGCAACACAUCGACGAUUUCGGCCAACACAGCGGCUGCCUUGGGCGAUGUUUCGCCUAUGUCUUCUGCUGUCAAUUCAGGCGGUAAUCCGGUAUCUUCUAUCAGUAGUCUCCAACGGCGUCUGUCCAACUGUUCCGAGCAGAACUUUACGCCCGAGGUCAAUCCCUCGAUGUCGCGAAGGGCUAGCAAUUGCUCGGAAACCGGAGGAGCUCCUCAGCGACGUGAUUCCAAUUGCUCCGAGAAUUGUCCUUGCUCGAGGAGGGUCUCGGACUUUGGUCAGACCACGGACACUAGUUUCAGGAAGACCUCUGUCUGCUCCAAUGGCAGUUGUCCCGGCAAUCAGAACCAGGAGCGUCGCUUCUCCAAUGGAUCCAUGCAGUUCGAGAGGACCUUCUCGAAUGCCAGCGAGAAUAGCGGCUUCUAUCGUCGUCCCUCCAACGAUUUCAACAUAGAAAGGGAGUCCAUCCAAACCGAUCAACUGGUGGGCGGAGGAGGAGGUGGUUACCAGGUGUGGCCACGACGUUACUCCAACAACUUCCAGCAGCUGAGCAGCAAACUGGCGGCCUACGACAAUGCUCAGUACAUUGGAGGCAGGCGUAUAUCCACGGAUUCGGGUUACGAUCGUCGUUGCUCCUUUGGAUCGGAAGGCUUUGAAGGAUCCCCCAGAUCUCGCACCGGCAGUUUCCUGAGCAACUACAAGCACGGUGGAGGAGGAGAUGGCUAUGAUGGCCAGCCAAGAUCCCGAACCGGAAGUUUCCUCGACGGAUCACCACGAUCGCGAUCCGGAUCCUUUGCCCAACGGGCUGCCGAGAGUCUGGUGCGCACUCCAAUUGGUCCAGAUGGUAGCAAGGGUUUCGGCCAGAGGGCCAGGAAGUUCGGACAGGCCAUUUCACCCGUGAACUAGGAGGUCAAACUAUCGUAGAGUGGGGGAAUUAAUUGUUGAUUAAUUUUAGUGGGAAGAUAAACUGUUAUAGAAACGUAUGUGAAAUUAAUGGCUGUACACUGUGAUGCUGUCCAACUUGUUAAACGUCCCACACAGACAUACACCAUUCACCCCCAAAACCCUUAGCCCAACCUAGGUUAGGAACAGAAACCUAUAUAGUUAUCGAAUUUUUAUCACCGAAAUUUAUGAGGGGUUUCGUUGGUUAAUGUGGAAUUUUGCUAGCCCUUAUUUUAUUCAUUUUUUUUAAACCAUUCUUAUAUGCAACAUAACUACUACAACAAUCACUGCCAAUAGUUUAAGGUAAAGAAAACGGAAAAUAAUUGGUUUGGUAGACACUUAAUAUUAUACUAAUUCAGGUAAUCAAUAUAUUUGAUUGACCAUUAACCAGUUAAUAGAUUGUAGGCUAUAUUAAUCAUUGUUAAAUUUGAAAAAUAGUAGAGGUAUAAUGCGGGCCCAACUAUCAUCACAAAGUCUCACAUGACUUCUUUAAUUGCCUAGCAAACUACCCUAUAUAGCUGCCUAUAUCCUUAUGAGUUCACAAAAUCUUACUGCAGAUUAAGUAUUGUUUUUAUUGCCUAUUAACAUUUUUAAUUAGCGUGCAAUUAGGCUAGAUUUAGGAUAAGCACACCCAUAAAUCUAACGGGUGCCAUAAAAAUCAGUUAUAGAAUCGUGGCCAUAGUUAACCAGAUGCGAAUAAUACGGAUGUAAUUGGAACCAAGAAAAAUUAAUUAGAGUCUCAGGUCAUUAGGUUUAACAUUCGCAGGGCAGUCAGAUACCGAUUUCCACAUUUUCCACCUGACCUCCUUAUAAUUUUCACUACCUUUCUUUUAUUUGUUUUUUAUUUCAACACUUUUAUUCAGUUUUAAAUAUAGUUAGUUUAAUAUUUACAUAUUUAGAUGUAGGAAACUUGGUUGUCCUCCCGCAAAAAAAGAAGGAGGAAACAGCAAAACGGAUUAUUACAGGAGAGAAUAAAAAUAUUUUUCAUUUUUAGCUUUUAAUUUCGAUAUCUCACAGAAGCAUAUAUCUGUGGAUGCAAUAAAUUAUAUUAUGCGUGUUAACCAUAAAUAAACUUAUUACACAAAAAAAAAA